AGCAUUUGACUGUGGCUUGGGACGCGAGGAGAGGCGUGCAGCGACCGCCGGCCGGCCGGCGAUGGUGUAAACCCCCUCCGCCUCCGCCUCCCCCGAGACGCGGCCGGGCCCUCCCCUCGCCUUCUGGACACACACCCCUGCUUGGUCCUCUCCGCCUCCCCUGCGCUCCGGUCCGCGUCGGCGCUGCUCCGCGGAGGCCAGCCCCAGGGAAGCGCAGCGCCCGCCAGGAUGAGUGGCUCCUUCGAUCGCAAGCUCAGCAGCAUCCUCACCGAUAUCUCCAGCUCGCUUAGCUGCCAUGCGGGCUCCAAGGACUCGCCCACCCUGCCCGAGUCUUCUGUCACUGACCUGGGCUACUACAGCGCUCCCCAGCACGACUACUACUCGGGCCAGCCCUACGGCCAGACGGUGAACCCCUACACCUACCACCACCAGUUCAAUCUCAAUGGGCUUGCAGGCACCGGCGCUUACUCGCCCAAGUCGGAAUAUACCUACGGAGCCUCCUACCGGCAAUACGGAGCCUACCGGGAGCAGCCGCUGCCUGCCCAGGACCCAGUGUCGGUGAAGGAGGAGCCGGAAGCUGAAGUGCGCAUGGUGAACGGGAAGCCCAAGAAGGUCCGAAAGCCGCGCACGAUCUACUCCAGCUACCAGCUGGCCGCCCUGCAGCGCCGCUUCCAGAAGGCCCAGUACCUGGCGCUGCCCGAGCGCGCCGAGCUGGCUGCGCAGCUGGGCCUCACGCAGACACAGGUGAAAAUCUGGUUCCAGAACCGCCGCUCCAAGUUCAAGAAGCUCUACAAGAACGGGGAGGUGCCUCUGGAGCACAGUCCCAACAACAGCGACUCCAUGGCCUGCAACUCACCACCGUCACCCGCCCUCUGGGACACCUCCUCCCACUCCACUCCGGCCCCUGCCCGCAGCCAGCUGCCCCCACCGCUCCCCUACAGCGCCUCCCCCAGCUACCUGGACGACCCCACCAACUCCUGGUACCACGCACAGAACCUGAGUGGACCCCACUUACAGCAGCAGCCGCCUCAGCCGGCCACCCUGCACCACGCCUCCCCCGGGCCCCCGCCCAACCCCGGGGCUGUGUACUGAGCACCCACCUGGCCUGCACCCCCCAACGAAGGACCCCGGGACCAGGCAAGAGGCGCCUCCGUCCUAGCUGACACUCAGGAAUAAUCGAGGAGCACAGGGGAAGGGCGCCCCCUUUCCCUCCUUCCUGCCCCUUCUUCCAGGGGCUCAAGAGCUUCCAGAUGAAAUUUGCAUGGACCAAGGAUGUCCCCUGAACCUCCCUCCCCCUGCCUAGACACUGGGGUGCCCCUCCAGAUGUUGGGGCAUUCUACCCCAGUGGGGACAUCCGUCCCCCUUCUGCUCCAGGAGCCUGGAUUGGCUUUCAAUGGCUCAUCACCUUCCAGCUUCUAAAACUCAGUACCUGUUCCCAGACUGUGGAGGGUUUGCAGGUCCGGUCUGGGCCGGGGCACCAGGCACUCCAGAUCCUACAACCUGUCAGGCCUGGUUCCUCCUGUGUCACCUGUGGCCUCCCCCUGCUUGAGUGGCCCCUCUGCCAAAAAGACAUCGGAUGUCGUGACUGGGACUCAGGGUGGCGACCUGAACUAGCCCCCGCCCUGCACUUCUAGCCCUCAUUUAAGAUUUGAGGGUUAAACCAAAGAACCCCAAAGUGAGGGAAUCUUUUAAUAUUUGUGGUUUAAGAGGAAAGAACUAAAGGAGCCGUCUCUCUCCUCUCUCCCCCUCUGUCCGGAGAGAAGGAGGGGUCGGUCUCAGAUGUUUUUCCUAAGGACCUAUUUCUUCUUCCAUGUACAGGACUUUGCACAACUUUGGUUUUAAAAGCUGUUGAAAACUAGGAAAACAAAGGGCAUUGUUAACAGAUAGGACCAAAUUUCCCCUUGCGCGGGCACCUCCAUUCUGCCCCUGCCCCCCACCUCACCUCCUCCUCUCCCCCAGUAAGUUGGCAGUUUUGGCGCCAAACCCCACAUCUCCAAGGAGACAUACCAGGCAAGACAAACCCCCAACACCCCCUUUCCGGUGGCCUUGGAAACAGAUCGCUCCCGAGCUAAAGGACGUCCAGCGAAGUGUGCAGGAUAGAAGGGGAGGGUUCAUUCGUACCUUUCGGGGCAAGGGGUGGCUGCCUGGAAGGCUGAUGGCAUUGCCUCCACCUCCCCAACCCCCAGACGUCCCCCCAAAGCUAACUUUCCUCCACCCCUGAUGUGGUAAAGCAU